GCCGAUGCGCACCAGCAAACCACUGCAGCCGAUAGCAGAACGGAGAAACAUUUUUUAUUUUGCUUGAUGGAUGGCGUACCGCCAAUCCUUUGUUCAACAAGAAGCAGACGGUUUUGGUUGUUACACUUGAAUCUUUUGUUUGUUUACUACCACAUUUUGUAAGACGCACCGUAAAAACUUGAUAAUUAAUAAUAAUAUGGGUAGUAAUAGAGUUUGUGUUAUUUGCGGUAAAUAUCAAAGAAGGUCGACUAAAGGUUCAUCUUUUUUUUCAAUCCCUAAAAAAGAUAAAAAAUUGAGAAGUAAAAGUGAUAUAGAGUUAGUUGAAAGAAGAAUUGCAGCUUGGAUGGCAGCUAUUGGAUCUAAUAUUAAUAAGUACUAUGGUUCACCCUCUGUGUGUUCUUUACAUUUUCAUUCAGGUAUACAGUCUUUACAAACUCAAAGUUACUGAGUAAGUUAAUUACAUUACAUUCUGUAGGCAAACCAGCAUACAUGUUUUCUGAAAAUGAUGUGGAUUGGGUUCCGUCAAUGAAUUUAACAAAAAUAGAUCAACAGGAAGAACAAGAAGCACAUUCAAGUUGUGAAGACAGAUUACCAGUUAAUGACAGCACAGUGCAUGAUAAUAAUGUGUUGCCUGGCACAUUUCAAAGUAACGACAUUACAAUGGCUGACACUACUGUGGAUUCCAACUUGGAACAUAAUGAUACCUCUAAAGGGAAAUGCCUUUUUGAAAUCCAAAAUCUUGUUAAUCUUUUGAAAAAAAUUGGAAUUACUAAUCCGGAAGAACGCACAUUAAGAGAAAUAACGAUACAUUGUGAAACGUUUCAUUCUACAAUUCAAACAGAAUCUGAUGAGGUGUCGCAUUCACAGACUCAAGUUUCUCUCAUUCAGUCACAAGACAUUAACUUACGUAGAAAUUCAGUUGAUGAACUACAAGCAAUGAGGGAAGAGUCUACAAAGCUGAACGAAACAAUUUCUUCUUUAAGAGAGUUAGCCAGGAAAGAAAAAUUUAUCAACAGACUAACAGAUAAUGAUAGAAUGACAAAGUUUUACACUGGACUCAAGUCAUGGAAACUUUUUGGAAUCAUUUACAAAUUAAUUUUGCCUGGAAUUCAAGAUGCAAGUUGCCUUACAAAACGAUCACUUCCAACGGAAGAGCAAUUCCUUCUAGUUCUAAUGAGGUUGCGACUCAAUUUACGUGAACAAGACUUAGCUUACCGCUUUCGCAUUUCUCAAAAGGCAGUUUCCUCGUAUUUAUUGAAAUGGCUUGACGUGAUGUACGAUUGUCUAUCCCUGAACUUUAUGGUUCGGCCCAGAAAGGAAACUUUAGUUGAAUCAACGCCAACUUUAAAAAAUAAGAAAAUUCCUGUGAAAGUAAUUGGAACAUUGCGAAAAACUUUCGGAAUUUUAAGAGAUGAAGCACCAGUAUCGUUAAUAGCACGCGACGAAGACUACAUUCCUCAUUUUGAUAAAAUCGCUUUUGUCUGUUGUUGCCUAAGUAACGCAAACCCCAGCGUUGUAUCCGAUUCGGUAACUGUUGCUAACUGUCUUACAUCUGAUGACCAAUGAGACAAAUACAAAAAACCUUUCACAAAAUUCUCAUCAAGUAUUUCUUGUCUCCAACACUUUUUAAUAACAGCUUUCUGCGACUUUGCCAAAAUUUCUGAUAAUUUCAAUUCAGCUGGUAAAUCGAGCUUGCCUUGAUCUAAAUUCAUUCUGGAAAAUUGAUUGGAUUUACGGAUUUGAAAUCUUCGCCAGUCUAUUUCUAUGUCCAGAAAAAUUAUUUCUACAGCUCAACGAAUUCUCCGAUAUGCCUAAUGAGGUUUUCCCCGGUUUUCCCCGAGCGCCAACUUUGAGAUCUGUAACGAGGAUAAAGUGGAAAGAAUCGAUAAAGUUUAUUGACGAUAUUGACAGAUUAAUCCAUUUCGUUGCGUUUUUCAUGUGUCAAUUUGUGCUUUCACUUGUUCACGUCCAAGUAGCUACAACCUUUGCUUAGUAUUUUAUUGACACCUCGGUUGAGACACAUAUCAGUUAUCUUAUGCACUGGUUGUGCAAUUUGAAAAUGAUCUUAUUAAAUUUACUUAUCAAUGUUUGCAUUUUGAUUAGAUGUUUUAACCUAUUUUCCGCGUCCUUUUAAAUAUGUUGGCAUCUCCAUGUCGAACGGCCAUCAUUUGCUACUUACUCACGUUACAAAAUGGUUCGUACGUUCACAAUCGCAAUCACGCUAGGUUUAGUUCUGAUUUCGUCCGGGACAACCACUUCGGCCGACGUGACCUUCACCUUGGAGGAACAAUUCCAGAAAUUAAGCGACAAUUUUAUUCAACUCAAAGAGAAUGUAGAACUGAAAGAUCAUCAACACAUUAAAAUGAGGAAAGUUUUGGAAGAAAAAGUUACUCGACUGGAGGAGAUGAUGGAGCGCAAGGAUCGGCAACAGGAAAUUUUGACUGAAAAAAUUAUUCGACUAGAACGAUUGGCCGAAAAGAACGACAGAGCUACUAGUAUGACUUCUGGACGGAGCGCCGUGCCACGGACGUGCAGAGAAGCUCGUUUAGCUGAUCCAUCACUGGCUUCAGGAAUGUACUGGAUCGAUCCAGAUGGGCAAGCCGUUGGUGAUGCUCCCAUCUACGUUUACUGUGACAUGAUUUCAGGAACCACUUCCAUUCCCCACGACAGUCAAUCGUCCAUGAAUGUCGGUCAUUGCGCUGAUCCUGGAUGCUAUUCCAGAGCCAUAGCUUAUAACGCAUCCAGUAGACAAAUGUCAGCAUUGACUGAACUGUCCGCCGAAUGUCACCAAUCCAUUCAAUACGAUUGCUACUUUGCGCCUUUUCAAUUUGAUGGCAUCUCCUAUGCCUGGUGGAACGACAAAAACAGAAAUCCGGAAUACUUUUGGUCUGGCAGCAACGACAGCGUUCACACCUGCCAGUGCGGCAUCGAUCGGAAUUGCGUUGACCCUUCGUUGGAAUGCAAUUGCGACUCUGCGGCCCCAGUCCAGUUAACUGAUAACGGCAUCAUCUCUAAUAAGAAUCUUCUGCCCGUCACUAGCCUGAAUUUCGGCCGCACCCAACUGGAAAGCUCUUCCGGUGUUCACACAUUGGGUCCAUUCGAAUGCUCCGGCCAGGUGGCCAUCACUGGAAUACCCAGUUCCUGCGAAGACUUGUGGAGAGGUGGACAUACCUUGAGCGGAUUAUAUUCCGUAAUGGGAGCAACAAAGGUUGAAACAGUUUUCUGCGACUUUGCCAAACUUCCUGGUGACACGGAUUUCCAGAAAUGGAUUGGAUUUACGGAUGUGAAAUCCUCGCCAGUCUAUUUCUAUGUCCAGAGAAGUUCUUCCUACAACUCAACGAAUACUCCGAUUCCGUUUGAAGUUGAAGUACUCAACACUGGAGGGGCCAUGAAUUUGCAUUCGGGGAAAUUUACGGCUCCUGUGACGGGGAAAUAUUUUUUCUCUUUCAUUGCAAAGGGCCUUUUUUCAAAUUCUGCAACUACACGCUACUUUCGUAUCACACUUUAUUUAAACGGAAAUAACAUCGGGAGUACAGAGGUUGAGGAGGCCAACACAUCUGCGUCUCACACACCAUCUCUGCAGUCGACACUUGCUUUGCAAGCGGGAGAUCAAGUUUGGGUACAGAUUUCUUACCAAUCAGCAGGGGUGUAUCUGUAUGAUGAUGGCCGUCAUUUUACCCAUUUCACCGGAUGGAUUUUAGAACAAGACAAUUUUCCGUCUCUAUAGAUGUCAAGCUGGAUUCUACACAUUAGAUAAAUGCCCACAAUGUCCUUAAUAACAAUAGCCUGAAUUAACGAGGAGGUGCCGGUGUGGCGGCAGGUCCCGAUUGGCCAUCAAACUUCCUUGCUGCACUUUGCUUGAAGUGUUAAAAAUUGAAAUAGUUUGUUGUUUGUUUGUACUAGAAUAUACCCACAGACGAAGUUGUGAAGUAUAAAACCGUAUAAAACAAAACUGGGCCUGAUCUACAGUCGUUAUAUACAAAAAAAAGUUAUCUUUUUUUUAUCCUGACU